CGUGGUUGCGGGAGAUUGUCUUCACGUCUCAACCCCGCAUCCCAAAGCCAUCGUUGCUUUUGGCGGGGCUCGCUUAGAACAGGUAUUUACCCGGCAGCGGCAUCCUACCUGCUAUACCCGGAGCGGGGACCCUGGGACUCUAGUGAGACAUCUAUGCAGCUGGGUCACACUGAGCUAUACACAGAGUAUGGUCGAAUGCUCGGGUAGCCGUCGGCCUGGUCUGUCGAUUAUGUUACUCAUUCCUGCUAAAAAAAUACUGCAGGAAUAGGUAUAAGAGCGGGCUAGACACUGCGUUGACAAGAAUAUUCACCAGCAUACCAACUCCAGUUUUCCUCUUCAUUUACUCUUCAACAAACCAAAGUACCCAAUUAAUAACAUGAUUUUCAAGACCGCUGUUGUCCUGGGAUUGCUCCCACAGGUGCUGUGUGCUGGCGUUGCAACGACGCUCGCCACAACCACCACAUCCUCUGCAAAACACGAGCCGACCCAGCCGGGCAUACCGUCCAACUGUGACAAGUUCCAUCUGGUCGGGCCAGGGGAUCAGUGCGAUACCAUUGAGGUCCAGUACGGCAUCACGGACGCCCAAUUCAAGGCAUGGAAUCCCAGUAUUAACUCCGCAUGCACCAAUCUCUGGCUGGACUAUUAUGUUUGUGUCCAUGUCCCCGAUGCCACAACGACGACUACUACGAGCAAGCCGCCCGGACCCACGGACACUCCCCCCGAGCCUCGUAUGCCUGGCAUCGUGGACAACUGUAAGAAGUUCUACCUAGUCAAGUCCGGUGACGACUGUUACUCUAUCGACACUGCGGCGGGCAUCACCUUCGCUCAGUUCCGCUCGUGGAACACGAUGGUCGAUGCCUCCUGCUCGAAUCUGUGGGUGGACUACUACGUGUGCAUAGGUGUCUAGUUUAGUCGUUCCUUAUGCCGAAGCAUGAGACAGUUGCUGCUGUUGUUAUUCUUCUUCUUUGUGGCUGAGCGACACAGAAAGUAAUCUGGGACUGAAAAUGGAGUAACCACUGAAAAAGGCCGCCUGUGAAUUUUCUUUCAUCUGUUGUAUUCUGUGGAUCAGCGUAGGUCGACAAACAUGUAUUAGGAGUCAUGACUUAAUGAGGAUUGUCAUCCCAAGGGCGCAAUGAUUCAGUUGUCCACAGACUAGCAGAUAGGCAAAUUGUGAUCAGAUCAAGGACUUUGACAAGCGAGAUUGUCUUAUUCACUAUAAAGUGAAUAAUAAAUUGAUCGCAAUACUCUAUACGAUACACCAGGCGACAUAUAUCGUGUCCUACUAAUAGAGUGACUGCUAGAGGGUCUAUUGGC